AUGCCCUUAUGGAAGGUGCCAUGCUUGCUCGCCGUCUGGGGAAGCUAUAUGGUAGUAUCUACGCCUCCGCCUGUAGCAGCUCCUCCAGAAACCCAACGGCCAUACGAAGAGCUUAGCUGGGCCGCCAAGCUGCUACAGAAACGCGAUGCUGGACGCAUGAUUGUCAACUCUCUCGUCACCUACGUUAUGUUCGCCGAGGCGGCCUUUACAACCGGAAUUGCCGGCUAUGGCCCCAUCGACGAAGCGCCCAACUCGGACAAGAACAUGCGAUCACGAGACCGUUCCAACGCCAAUACAGUGUCCCCCGUAUUCCUGGCCGGCGUUAUGUGCUCUUUACUGGGCGGGAUACUACGCUACUGGUCAUACGAGGCAAUGGGACGACACUUCACCUUCCAACUCUCCAUCCUGGAAGAGCACCAACUUAUCACGGACGGCCCAUACGCCUACGUGCGCCACCCCGGUUACACCGCCCUCAUCCUCACAUUCUUUGGCAUAUCUGCAUGCGAGCUAUCCCCCGGCUCAUGGUGGAUCGAGGCACACAUCUUCGACAGCAUCUGUGGGAAGUUCAUGGGCUUACUGGGCAUCUGUGCGGUACUGCAGCUUGUGAUGGUGGUUUCGCGCGCACCGGCGGAGGAUAGGGCGUUGCGGGAGAAGUUUGGGUCGAGGUGGGAUGAAUGGGCGAGGAGGGUUCCGUACAGAUAUAUUCCUGGUGUCUGUUGA